AUGACCAAGCCAGACAUUUCUUUCUCUGUUAACUAUGUUGCACAGUUUACGCAUAAACCUAUUGAAAAUCAUUUUCUCACUGCUAAAAGGAUUCUUAGAUACUUAAAAGGUACUCUAGGAUCUGGUAUUACUCUUUCUUCAGAGGAUUUCAGUUCACUUUCAGCUUAUUGUGACUCAGAUUGGGAUGGGAUGCCAGAAGAUCUACUUCUGGCUUUUGUAUAUUUCUUGGUCAUUCUUUGGUCUCCUGGUCCUCAAAGAAGCAUCCUACCAUCUACAGAUCUUCAGCAGAGGCUGGAUAUAAAUAUUUGGUUGUUGCUUUAG